UUUUCCUCCCUUCUCUUCUUUUCUUUUCUCCCAAAUUUUCACUUUUUUCUUUCUUUCCAAGAUCCCAAAAAAACCAACAAUUAAAGCACAUAUAUCAUUAGAUCACACAAAUUCCUAUUUUGUGAUCAUCUCAUCCGGAAGCAAAAUUCUUCAUUAUUAAUUAAUUUUUUAAAAAUAUCUUGAUGGAGAAUUAUCAGAUGUUUUUUCCUUGCUCCGAUGGCGGCGGAGGACUGUCAGCCUAUCAUCAUGCGGACAUGUCAUCCGGCGGUGCUUCUGAUAUGUUCGGUAAUUUUCAGGGUGGCGAUAUGGAGGCGGUAAGUGGGUUUUUGGGGAUGAAAAGAGAGGUGGAUGGGGCGACGGUGGAAGCAGAGGGCGGUGGGAGAAAGAAGGGAGAGAAGAAGGUGAGGAAACCGAGAUAUGCUUUCCAGACAAGAAGCCAAGUUGACAUUCUUGACGAUGGGUAUCGUUGGAGAAAAUAUGGUCAAAAAGCUGUAAAAAACAACAAGUUUCCUAGGAGCUAUUAUAGAUGCACACAUCAAGGGUGCAAUGUGAAGAAACAAGUGCAAAGGCUAACAAGAGAUGAAGGGGUGGUGGUGACAACAUAUGAAGGAAUGCACACACACUCCAUUGAUAAGCCAACAGAUAACUUUGAACAAAUAUUGAGUAGAAUGCAGAUUUAUAGUACUCCUUUUUGAGAUUCUUCCAUUUCAUCAUCAACCACAAAACAAGGAGAUCUCAAAUACCAAUAUCAAUAUCAAAUCACACAUAUUAAUACUUGUUCACGUGAAUUUGAACAAAGCCUGAUCCUGUUCUUUUUUCUUUUUCUUUUUUUCUUUUUUUGGUAUUUCCUUCAUCACCUUUUGUGCUUUUCUUUUCUUUUCCCCCUCUUUUUCUUGUAGAAAUUAAUAAAGUUUGCACAAGCAGCUGAUGAAAUUCAUAUAUCCGUAUGUCUUAGAAUAAUUCGUUUAUGUCCCCCCUAAGUACUGAACUUGAACAAACCUGGUUGUAAAGUGGAAAGGGGGUAGAGCCUUAGUAAACACAUCAACUAAUAAAAUAUUUGACUUCAGAGAC